AUGUUUGAAGACCCAGCUGUGAUGAGGAUCAUAGAGGGGCGACCGAGCCUUAAGACUCUCGACAGUGCCAUAGUGGACUGUGGGAAGGCCAUGUACCAGCAUACCUUUGAAAAGGAUUGGAUGGUACCAUCUUACAGAAAGGCCAGAAAAAUCUCAGGAUCUAUACUUCAGGACAGUGCUGUAGUGUGUGUGAUUGAUGGUCACAGAGGUCAGCACCUGACCUCCAACUUCCUGGAUUUGCCAUAUGUCUCUUCCUUCAGGGGCAGGAGAGGGGAACCCAGAGGACCCUACUCCAGAAGACAGUUUGGCCAAAGAGGCUUCUCUCAGGUGCAUUCACCCAUGAUACCAGGAUCACCCAUUUUCUCACGUCAGCCGUUAACCCCACAGCAUUACAAUCAGACAAGAGGUUUUAUGUAUCCUACGAGCCGACCUUGCCCAACCACUCCUCGAUCUUUGACUCCUAAGAUGAUGCAACUUCGUUUCGGUGCAAAUUCACCAAGGCCAUCCCCCUUUUACAGUCCCUCGUCUAACCCAGUGCAGCAUUUCAGUCCUUGUCCGACCCACAGGUACCCGGGUCCAGUCACCCAGCUCCACCCACAACAUAAACGGCUACUUAGUCAAAAACAGCGAUUGUUCCAAAGAAAACAGGAGGGCUGGGAUUCUUACUUUAAUCUGAUGACAGCCAAAGAGAAGGAGUGGAUCACCCGGCUGCAGAUGAUUCAGCUACAAAGUGAGAAUCCAUAUCUCGAGGACUACUACUACCAGGAGUACUAUCGACGAAUAGAAGCUAAGAUGGCAGAGGAAGAGCUGGGCAUCAGGAGCAAGAGAGAGCCACCCAAACUCACCACACCUUACAUCACAAAAACUGACCACCAGUACACACCAGUGGUGCACAUUGAAGGCUCUUUGGGUCAAGUUGCUGUGUCCACAUGUUACUCUCCUCGCCAUGCCAUCAGUGCUGUUCAUGCUGUCCAAGCUCAGGGUCCACUCGAGGAACAAAAAGACACAAGACAACAGCGGUUAGAGGUCCUCAGCAAAAUAGAAAAGUUGUUCAUGGUUUUGUUGGAGGUGGAAGAGACGGAGAGGAUGAAAACCCCUGUCUUGUCUGAAGCAGAAGAAAGAAGGUUGAUGGAGAAGACCCAGGGGAAGGUGAAGCACAUCUUCUCCCAGCUGCAACACCACGAUCCCCUAGAUUCAGGAGGAGAGUUUCUUCCUUUCCUGCUGGUCUCAAAAGGCAAAAAGCUACUCGCCCGUCUGCUCCCAUUUCUGAAACAUGAUUCUGCAGUAAAGAUCCUGAGGAUUGUGACCACUAACCUCCCUACUCUGAUGAGCAGAGAUGCAGAUGAGGCUCUUCCAGUGCUCUACCCAUCUCUUCUGAAAGUGAUUGGAGGCCUGACAUUCAGUCAGCUAAUUGGGGUCCUCAGAGAUCUGACAGAGUCUGAGUCUCUUACAACGUAUGAGUCGCUCACGCUGGUGUGUCAGAACAAGUUUGGAUUGUCCUUACUGUAUGGUCUCCUGUCCAAAGGAGAGAAGUUGCUGUCCUCUGGUGUUCCUCUAGAGCCCAGCAUCGGUGACUUUGAGACCUGGACCGACACAAUAUUCCAGGUGGCAGGGCAGCUAUCGCAGUGUUCACUGGUGGAGCCACUUCUUAUGCCCUCAAACCUGCUCACACUCUUCUGCCGUUACCUGGACAAGCGGACUGUGCAUCAGCUAAAAAGCAACAUGGAGUAA